AUGUCAAAGAGGUUGGCACAGCACAAGAGGAGGAGGAGCAAGGAGAAAAGGAGCAGUGUCGAAGGAACCGACACACUGUCCCAGGAGAAGAGGAGCAAGGACAAGGAGGUCAGUGUCAGGGGUCUCGCGCCUGAAACCCAGGUCGGGGUAGCUCAGCACAGUCAAUAUUGA